GAAAUUGGAGUCACAAGUCUGAGGCAGCAGGCCCGUGGGGAGAUUCGGGACUCCGCUGGGACAUGAGACGUGAAACUAGACCUCCGGUUGCGAGAUGGGGAGCUGGAAGUGUUUGAUGCUGUUGUGCACGUUUCCUUUGGCGCUGGCCUGGAAAAGUGACGAUGACCUUGUCAGUUUCCUGAGAGAACUGGACCCUGGACUCAUGACGCGGGAUGAGCCGUUUAUCUUCAACCCGGACGCCGAGAUAAACUCCCGUGAAGCUUCGGCGCGGGCGGACGUCAGCGCGACCACCGGGCCGGUGGUCAAGACCCAGAGUGGCCAAAUCAAAGGGAUUAGCGCGGACAAGGCCCACAUAUUCUACGGGAUUCCAUUUGCAGACCCCCCGGUCGGGGAUUACCGCUGGAAGCCUCCCAGACCUGUGAGUCCUUGGAAUGGGGUUUACGACGCCACCUUCCCCAGGGCGCAGUGCGUGCAGGGCUGCAGAGGACCGAUCGCUGCGGAAUGUCCUCAAAAUGUCAGCGAGGACUGCCUCUAUCUGAACAUCUUCGUCCCUCUGGACGUCAACUUCGACUCCCCGCCACAAAGUCCACUUCCGGUGAUGGCCUGGAUCCACGGAGGGGAUUUCAUUGCCGGUUCGGCCUCCAAGCCGCUGUACGACGGCCGCUUCUUGAGCAACUUCAGCCGCACUAUCGUCGUGAGCCUGGAAUACCGACUGGGUGCUUUCGGGUUCCUUGUGUCCGGCAAAGACCCUAGCACAGCUGCUGUUGGGAACUACGGCAUCCUGGACCAGCAGGCGGCCCUGCUCUGGGUCCAGAAGAACAUCGGCGUGUUUGGGGGGGACUCCAGCAAGGUGACCUUGUUCGGGGAGAGUGCAGGUGCUCAGUCAGUAAGUGUGCACUUGAUGGUCCACAGCAGCGCGCCGCUCUUCCAACAGGCCGUCCUGCAGAGUUUACCUUUCUCCAUCCCACUCAAGAGCAGACAGGACGCCCUGAAGCUGGGAAAAGACUUUGCCAAGACGACCAAGUGUUCCGUCCGCAACGUGGUCUGCUUGCGCUCUCUCACACCGCAGGCCGUGCUGGAGGCGCAGAUGAAAACAAGUUCCAGAUUUGUGAAUCCAUUCAGGUUCCUGGAGUCGUUUGAAACGUGGGGCCCCUUCGUGGAUGGUGACUUGAUUAAGGAGCAGGAGCUCACCGCCUUCCAAAAUGGCCGCUGGCAGAAAGAGAAGCCCGUGCUGCUGGGUACCACGUCGGAAGAAGGCGUGCUGUUCGUGUACGGCGUGUUUGGCAAGGCCGUGUCUGCGGUGGAGUCCAUCAUGUACGUGACGGCCAUCUUCAAACAACACGCCCUCAGGAUCUUGCACCAGUACCUGCCUCGCUACACACAUGCCGAUCGUAGAGAGAUGCUGGCUCAGAUCGUCACAGACUUCGUCUUCCUGUGUCCGUCGCGCAGGGCGGCGCGUGCGGCCUCAGAAGCCGGCAGCCAUGUGUGGAUGUACGUCUUCGACCACGUGGCGUCCGACCCCCGCGUCUGGUCGGGUCUGACCUUCUGCUACCAUCACGCCUGCCACGGCGCCGAGUUGCCGUUCGUCUUCGACUCGGCGGCGGUGGCCAACUUAACCUUGACGCCGGCCGAGAAGCUGCUGUCCAAUCGGAUGCUGUGCCACUGGGGCGCCUUCGCCCACUCGGGAGACCCCACCUCGCGGGCACGCCAGACCGCCUUCUGCCGGGAGCAGCGCCUGCCCGUCUGGCCUCGCUACUCCGACACCAGCAGCUGGCUGAUCAUGAACCUCACGCUGCGCUCACAUGCACAAUUUGAGACCAGGAGCCAUGUGUGUGACUUCUGGGACCAUCUGGGGGUCUAUUAGCUGCCUACUCACUUUGAAGGCCUUGUUUACUUGCGACUAGGUGCUAAGUCGGUACCUAGUACUAUGUACUCAGUCAGUACCUUGUACUGAGUCAUAAACCGGUACUAUGUACUAGGUCCUAAACCGGUACCUAAUAUUAGGUGCCAAGUCAGUACCUAGUACUAAACAGGUACCUAGUACUAGAUACCAAGUCAGUACCUAGUACUAAGGCCUAAGAAAAUACCGAGUACUAGAUACUAAGUGGGUAUCUAGUAAUAGGUACUAAAAAAUUACCUUGUACUAAGUACUAAUUCAGUACCUAGUACUAAGUCAGUACCUUGUACUAGGUACUAAGACGGUACCUUGUAUUAGGUCCUAAACCGGUACCUUCUACUAGGUGCUAAACUGGUACGUUGUACUAAGUACCAAGUCAGUACCUAGUACUAGGUACCAAGUCAGUACCUAGUACUAGGUCCUAAGUCGGUACCGAGUACUAGAUACUAAGUCAGUAUCUAGUACUAGGUCCUAAGUCGGUACUGAGUACUAGAUACUAAGUCAAUAUCUAGUAAUAGGUACUAAACAGUUACCUAGUACUAGGUACCGAAGCAGUACCUAGUACUAGGUACUAAGUCAGUACCUAAUACUGACUUAGUGCCUAGUUAGUAAGUCAAUACCUAGUACUAGGUACUAAAUCGGUACAUAGUACUAGGUCCUAUACCUGUACAUUGUACUAGGUCCUUAACUGGUACGUUGUACUAGUUACCAAGUCGGUACCAAGUACUUGGUACUAAACAGGUACUUAGUACUAGGUACCUGUUUAGUACCAUGUACCAAGUACAUGGUACUGACUUAGUACCUAGUACUAGGUCCUGAACAAGUCAUUAUCUUGUACUAGGUACCAAGUCAGUACCAAAUACUUGGUACUAAACAGGUACUUAGUACUAGGUACCUGUUUAGUACCAUAUACUUGGUACUGACUUGGUACCUAGUACAAGGUACUGACUUAGUACCUACUACAAAGUACCGGUUUAGGACCUAGUACUAGGUACUAAGUCAGUUUAGUACCAUGUACCAAGUACAUGGUACUAAACAGGUACCUAGUACUAAGUACCUGUUUACUAAGUACCAACUUGGUACCUAGUACUAGGU